CAAUUAUUAACUUGCAGACUUCAAACGUCACAGCUAUGCCUCCACACACUCGGACUCGCACAGGAUGCUGGACUUGUCGAGAAGCUGGAUACAAAUGCGACGAGAAAAAGCCUCACUGUGAACGUUGCACCAGACUGAAAAUCCCGUGUAAGGGCUAUGCGCCCAAACUCAAGUGGCGAAAUACAUCGGGUCCUCCAAAAAGACCACGCAACGGCCGUAGCACAUCUAUUGAAGAUCAAUAUGCGACAAGUCCAAAGUCCGUGACAAGCGUCUCCUCUGCGCCUGCGACCAUGAAAUCACAGAAUGCCAACUCCCCGCAAGAAUGGAUCUACGAAGUUACACUCCCCUUAGCCUCGAUGCCGAACUCGAUUCCUGAUCUUCCAGCUCGCGAUAAACGGUUGCUACACUACUGGAAUGAAAAACUUUCUUCCUUGAUCUCUGUAGCAACUCGUCGAAGCUCCCCAGGGCCUUUCCGGUUGCACUUGACCUCUUUAUUGUAUCACCCGGGAUCGCUGCGAUCCACUAUUCUAUCCAUGUCAGCAAAUCAUCUUGCCCUUGCUUCCAAUGACAAGUCUUUGAAGAUAGACGCCUAUCGACACCAGCAAGAUGCAAUCCGUUCAUUGCAGAAUCUUAUCCAGGCCCAGGUGGAAAGUUCCUUAGAGCCCGCUCUUGCAACCGUCCUGAUGAUGCAAGUGUCUGCACGGCUGUUGGGCGACGAAGGUGCCGAGCCACAGGUGGCCAACCAUCUGAUUGGAGCGAAAGCGAUGAUUUCCAAGAGGGGAGGGCUGGCUGCGUGGAGAAGUUCUCCUACUGCCCAAUUUCUACUUGAUCUCUUCGCCUACCACGAUAUUCUAUCGUCAGUGUCACGUGGAGAAAGACCGCUCAUUGAGCAUAGCGAGGAAUUCACCGCUAUUGAAGGCGUCGUCGAUAUGCAUGGCAUUGCAAAGGUGUUGCGUCUUGUCGCACGGAUCAGCCAUAUGCAGGCAUCUGCCAAAUCACCCGUGCCCGACAGAUCCGAUGAUGCGCCAUGUUUUUCGCGGCUACAGACCGAAGGACUUCUCAUUCAAAAAGCCCUGGAGGAUUUGGAAUUUUCAGAUGCAACUCUUAGUAUCGAAAACGCAGAUGAUCUUUCGGAUAUAAGACACACGGCAGAAGCGUACCGACAUGCAGCUUUCAUCUACCUCUAUCGGGUGUGGCUCGGUUUUGGCGCUCCGAAUCCGACAACGCUUCAUCAUGUCCAAAAGUCCAUCGCUUACAUUUUAAGUGUGGACAUCAGCUCCCCCCUAGUGUCUUCGCACAUUUGGCCUCUGUGGACAGCGGGGUGUGAGGCUGUUGACCCGGAGCAACGGCAAUAUGUUCGAGAGCGCUUCUACAACAUGUAUCGUACUAGAAUGUUCUCUGGUCUGAAAAGAAUCGUGCGGGAUAUUGAGGAAGUAUGGUCGUACAAAGAUACCGAGAACCUCGUUAGUGGCCUUGACGGGAUGGCCAAGGUCGAUUGCAUUCAAGUAAUACUUAAAAGACGCGGCCGAGAAGUUGAUCUUGCUUGA